AUGGACACGGCGGUGCUGGCGCAGUCCAUACUUGAGUGCGAUGACGGGGCGGUGCUGCAGGUGUUGUCCCUCGCGCCCGGGCUGCCGCCCGUCACUGCCGAGACGCCCAUUGCGGAGGCACGACGAAAUUACAUGCGCCUCGCCGGGAUGGUGCACCCCGACAAACUGAAGGGCCGCUUCGAGAGGUCGACGGAGGCGUUCCAGAAGUUGGUGCGCGCCUUCGAGCUGGUGGCGGACCCGAAGUACCGCAAGAAGCUUCUUGCCCUCCACGCGAAGGAGGAGAGGAAAAAGAAGUCCGUCAAGAAGGAGCAGCCACAACUGCAGCUGGAAGGAACACAGCGCGUGAAGCAAAUAACUGCCUCGAAAGGCACGGCGGCGGUGCUGCCGUCGACUGGCGCCUCCGACGUGAAGCCGAAGCGAGCCGCGACAAAAAAGCAGAAGAAAAAACAAAGACGCGCUUCUAAAGUCCAAGGCGACGACUUUAUUGACUACGACGACGAGGAAGAACUGGAGGACGAGGACGAGGACGAGGAGGAGGAGGAGGAGGAGGAGAAGGAGGAUGAGAGCGCCGAUCACGAUGAAGAAGAUAUGGAUCUCGAUUUUGGGGACGCAGAACCCAUCGUGUCUACGAGCCGCACGCUUAUAGGCACCAAACGCACUGGCGGCAUUUACCGCGACACGACAGUUAGCUGCCCACAGUGCCGAACACCCUGGAUGCCCGACUCUAAGCAGCACUACACACUUUUCAUGGGGCCGUGCGGCAAAAAAGUGCACUGCGAGACGUGUCUUUGCCGAUUUGGCUGUGCCACGGCGUUGCAUGCCUGCCCACACUGCCAACACAGCUUCCACUAUGACGCUACCAUGUACGAUACCGUCAUGGAGUGCAGUGGAUGCCACAAGACUUUUGGGUUCCCAUACUAUCCGGUGAACCAAUACCUUAUUGAUCAGGUGAGGCUUGAGGAGUGGCGCGAGCGGACAGAAAGAGAAAAGGCCCAUGAGCGUGAAGAAAGGGCGGCACGACGACGAAUUACAGACGAGGGCACAUCGGACGAUUUCCAUAGUCUUGUUGGGACUUGCAUUGUGAAUGAAACAUGCCCAAUCUGCAAUCGAACAAUCACCGCGCGGCACCGACAACACGUGGAGAUGUGCUUGAAGAAUAAAAACACAGGCAGCAUCGCUUUGACAACAAAGACGACGAAGGCGGCGGCGAAAAAAACGGCACGCAAGCCGGCGGCCGUGGCAAAGAAAACCAGCACUCGCAAAUCGGCCCCGAAACAGUCGAAGAAAGCAAAGAAACGCCGUCGUUCCGACGACAGUGACUCGGACGAUGAAGAAGAGUUCUCUUCUAGUUCCUCGGAGGAGUAG